CUUCGCACGAACCACCACCUCUUCCGAUCGACACGCGAUCUAUAUCGCGUCCCCUGAACGAACUUUUGGCGAGACAGACUAGCAAGAUGCACGUCACGAACGAAGAGCUGAACUCGUCCAUCCAAAGGCAGGUGGAGAACCUUGCUUCAAGAUUACGAAGGAGACAGGUCGUCGGAUCGCGCGUCGCCGCGCUUGAGACCGUCCGUCUCCUGCGCCAGGUCGUAUCGAAAGCUCGCUUCCACAACAUCGAGCAGCUCGUCCGCAUCAUAAGAACCGUCGGCCGCAGGCUCGUAGACGCGCAACCAAAAGAACACUCCGUCGGCAAUACAGUACGCAAAGUUCUACACCACAUCCGCGAGGAGUACCGCACCGCGACGCAGGGGACCGCCGCAAAUGCGGUGUCGAAGGACCAGUACACGAUCUCGAAGUUCGUGCUGCUGGGGCAGCCAAGAAGAGCAGCAGUCGCGCAGAAGUCGGAGACGAAGGGGACGUUGAAGGAGAACGAUCCUGAGGACCCGGACUCGUUUGCGCGCGGCCUAAAGCCCGUGUUGAUGGAGGCCAUCCAGGAUGUGCUGGAUGAGCUGGAGACGGUGUACGACAAUAUCUCGCGUAAUGCGAAGGAUCAUAUACAUCCUGAUGAAAUCGUAUUGACGAUCGGGAUGUCACAUACAGUUGAAGCAUUCCUCAAAACAGCGUCCCAUUCAAGAACGUUUACCGUGAUUGUCGCUGAGUCUGCUCCAUCCUAUGGCGGCCGUCAGAUGGCCGAAUCACUCUCUGCUGCUGGCGUCUCCACCUUCCUCGUUCCCGACUCCUCCAUUUACGCCCUCAUGUCUCGCGUCAACAAAGUUGUCCUCGGCGCGCACGCCAUCCUCGCCAAUGGGGGUAUGUUCGCGGUGACGGGCAGCCUGCUUACCGCAACCGCCGCUCGCGCACACAGCACGCCGGUCGUCGUGUGCACUGGACAAUUCAAAAUGACGCCUCUUUGGAAUCUGUACCAUGAAUAUGGCGCAUUGGACUUUGGGGACCCGAGUGCGGUGCUCAGCUUUGAGGAGGGUGAUUUGGUGGAUAAGGUGGACGUGGUGAACCCGUAUUAUGAUUAUGUGCGGCCGGAGAUGGUGGACGCGUACAUCACGAAUGAUGGCGAUCACCCUCCGUCUUCUAUCUACCGGCUCUUGAAGGAGACGUACGACGACGAGGACACGGAGCUUUGAACGCGCUCAGCGUGCUGGGUGGCCUUGAGCAUCCUGCGCCAUAGCACGCCGCGGGGGAGACCACUAGCUAGGUAGGUGUGGUCGGGGAAGAGUGUAUGUUGCCAGGAUACGACCUUUGUGACGGUGACGACCUUGUUCGCUUCGCCUGGCUCAUGGUGGCAAGCUUCGCGCGGACACUUGCGGCUCAGCGCUCAGUAGUUGGCAGCAGUCUCUACGUCGCUCACAAAAUGACACUGCACGGUCAGUAAAUGUACAUUAUCGCCACGUUGCAAUGCAUGAUCAAUCGCAAUCUUCAACCUCUUGCAACAGUUUCCUGGCAG